AUUCUGCUUCAAUACGAGCUACACUGCUUGAGAAAAACAAGGAAAGCUGCAUUGAGCCACUGGAGGGAAGGACAAAAGAUAGGAUACUGAGGCCUGGGAUGGUUCUCUUGAAACAAUAUAUAACCCAUGAUGAACAGGUUGAAAUAGUUAAAAGUUGCCGUAAGCUUGGUCUAGGUCCUGGAGGAUUCUAUCAACCAGGUUAUGCAGGUGGAGCGAAACUUCGAUUGAAGAUGAUGUGUCUUGGUCUGGACUGGGAUCCUCAAACCAGGAAAUAUGGAAAGAAACGGGUAAUUGAUGGUUGUGAGCCACCUAGUAUUCCCCAUAACUUCAGUAAGUUGGUUAUAAGAGCAAUGCAAGAAGCACACUAUCUAAUCAAUAAGGAAUGUGGAGUAAACUGUGUGGAGGAGAUACUCCCUUCAAUGAAUCCUGAUAUAUGCAUAGUCAAUUUUUAUUCAAACACUGGAAGGCUUGGUCUUCAUCAGGAUCGUGAUGAAAGCAGAGAAAGUAUCCGAAAAGGGUUGCCUGUUGUGUCCUUCUCAAUUGGUGAUUCAGCAGAAUUUCGUUAUGGGGAUCAGAGGGAUGUUGAGAAUGCAGAGAAUGUACUUUUAGAAUCAGGAGAUGUGUUGAUAUUUGGUGGUGAAUCUCGACGUGUCUUCCAUGGUGUGUCUUCAAUCAUACCAAAUUCAGCUCCCAAAGAAUUGCUUAGAGAUUCUAAUCUUUGUCCAGGACGCCUCAAUCUUACAUUCAGACAGUAUUAGUGUUAUUAUCCCUUCAAUCAUGCAUUUUUUUAGUUUAAGAUUUCUCUGUGUCAGUGAAUUGUGUAAACAGUUUAUUGUUUACAUGUGUCCCUUGUGUACAUAACCGUCCCUUCUUAUAGUCUUUAUUGAAAUUUA